AUGGCGGACUUUAACCACUUCGGUGGUUCGGACGAGGAGAAUGCUGAGAUCAAGAGGUUGAGAGCCGAAGUGGACGCCGACCCAGACAGCUUUGAGAACUGGGAAAAGCUUGUCAGAGCCUGCGAGACGCUCGACGGUGGCCUCACACGAAACUCUAGCCCUCAGGCACUCGCAACCCUCCGCGAUGCAUACGACCGAUUCCUCCUCAAAUUCCCACUCCUCUUCGGAUACUGGAAGAAGUAUGCCGACCUCGAGUUCACAAUCGCCGGCCCGGAAUCGGCCGAGAUGGUGUACGAGAGAGGCUGCGCAAGCAUCACAAAUUCGGUCGACCUGUGGACCGAGUACUGUUCUUUCAAGAUGGAGACAACCCACAUUCCACAGCUGGUCAGAGAUCUCUUCGAGCGUGGUGCCGCUUGUGUCGGGCUAGACUUUAUGGCCCACCCCUUCUGGAACAAGUACCUCGAGUAUGAAGAGCGUCAAGAGGCACACGAGAACAUCUUUCAAAUCCUGCAACGGGUGAUUCACAUCCCCAUGUAUCAGUAUGCGCGCUACUACGAGCGGUUCAGCACCAUGGUGCAUACCCGGGCGCUGGACGACGUUGUGUCACCUGAACUCCAGGCUCGCUUCAAGUCCGAGAUCGAGGCCGAAGCGGCUGCUUACGGCGUGGCCAAGACCGAGCCCGAGUUUGAGCAGGAGAUGCGUCGCAAGGUGGACGCCCACUAUGGUGAAAUCUUUACCAAGACGCAGACAGAGGUUACCAAGCGGUGGCUCUACGAAGCUGAGAUCAAGAGACCUUAUUUCCACGUGACAGAGUUAGAGCACAAGGAGCUGUCCAACUGGCGCAAGUACCUCGACUUUGAGGAGGCCGAGGGUAGCUUUGCCAGGACGACUUUUCUGUAUGAGAGGUGUCUGGUAACAUGUGCCUUCUACGAUGAGUUUUGGUUCAGAUACGCCAGGUGGAUGUCGGCUCAGCCCGACAAGACCGAGGAGGUUCGCAACAUAUAUCUGCGUGCUGCGACAAUAUUUGUGCCCAUCAGCCGUCCCGGCAUAAGGCUGCAAUUUGCCUAUUUUGAGGAGAGCUGCGGACGUAUCGCCAUGGCUCGGGAGGUGCACAAUGCAAUCCUCUUGAGGCUUCCGGGCUGCAUCGAGGUCAUCAUAUCUCUUGCAAACUUGGAGCGGAGGCAUAACGACAUUGAUGCGGCGAUCGAGGUCCUGAAGCAGCAAAUCGAGUCUCCCGAGGUUGACAUCUGGACAAAGGCAGUCCUGGUGACGGAGUGGGCAAGGUUGCUGUGGACGGUUAAGGGCACGGCAGAGGAGGCUAGGGCCGUGUUCCAGAAGAAUGCGCAGUGGUAUGGUGGCAGCAGGCACUUUUGGAUGCAGUGGAUUCAGUUCGAGCUGGAGCAGCCGACGUCGGCAGAGCUCGAGGCGCAACACGGCGAACGACUGCGGGAGAUCAUCGAUAAGAUCCGCACCGAAAGCAACAUGUAUUCUGCCGCCAAGAAGGAGCUGUGUGGCGUCUAUCUAGCCUAUUUGCAACAUCGGGGCGGCAAGGACGCCAUGAAACAAUUUUUAGCUAUCGACCGGGAGAUGUAUGGACCAACUUCUAUCUCGUUGGCCGGUAAGGCAGGCAAAGAGAACGGAGUUGCUGCGCCCGAGGUUGAUGAGGCCACGAGGCUAAAGGCCGAGGCGCGCCACUAUAGCUUUUACCAGCUUCACGCGGAACCCAGCCACGAGGAGCAGGGCACUGCCUCGUUCAAUUGA